GGGAGCUGCCGUUACCCCAGGAGAAGACCGUGGAGCUGAGCUGUGCUGCGGGGCCGCUGUCUGUGAUCCUGGGCCCACAGCAGGCCGCCGUGCUGAACUGCAGUCUGGGCGCCGCUGCUGCAGGGCCCCCCAGCCGGGUGACCUGGAACAAGGACGGGGACGCCCUGCUGGAGCAUGAGCACCUGCGGCUGCUGCCCAAUGGCUCCCUGUGGCUCUCCCCACCGCCACCUCACGAGGACAGUGACAAGGCGGCCCCUGUGGCCGUGGGGAGCGUCGAGGGCAGCUAUUCCUGCCUGGCCCACGGCCCCCUCGGAGUGGUGGCCAGCCAGGCUGCGGUGGUCAGGCUUGCCACACUUUCAGACUUCUCCCUGCACCCGGAGCCUCAGACGGUGGAGGAGAACGGGACCGCCCGCUUUGAGUGCCACAUUGAAGGGCUGCCAGCCCCUGUCGUUACUUGGGAGAAGGACCAGGUGACACUGCCCGAGGAGCCUCGGCUCAUCACUCUUCCCAACGGCGUCCUCCAGAUCCUGGACGUUCAGGACGGUGACGCAGGCUCCUACCGCUGCGUGGCCACGAACUCGGCCCGCCAGCGCUUCAGCCGCGAGGCGCCGCUCACGGUGGCCCGCAGAGGGUCCCUGGCGGCCACCAGGGGGCAGGACGUGGUCAUCGUGGCAGCGCCGGAGAACACCACGGUGGUGUCCGGGCAGAGCGUGGUGAUGGAGUGUGUGGCCUCAGCUGACCCCACCCCCAUCGUGUCCUGGGCCCGGCAGGGGCUGUGGUGGUGCGCGAGGGGCUGCCCAGCGCCCCCACGCGGGUCACCGCCACGCCGCUGAGCAGCUCCGCCGUGCUGGUGGCCUGGGAGCGGCCCGAGCUGCACAGCGAACAGAUCAUCGGCUUCUCGCUGCACUACCAGAAGGCCCGGGGCGUGGACAACGUGGAGUACCAGUUCGCGGUGAACAAUGACACCACAGAGCUCCAGGUGCAGGACCUGGAGCCCGAUACGGACUACGAGUUCUACGUGGUGGCCUACUCGCAGCUGGGGGCCAGCCGCACGUCCGCCCCGGCCCUGGUGCACACGCCCGACGGCGUCCCCAAUGCAGCACCCCAGCUCGCCCUGUCCAGCCCCAACCCCUCGGACAUCAGGGUGGCGUGGCUGCCCCUGCCCCCCAGCCUGAGCAAUGGGCAGGUGGUGAAGUACAAGAUAGAGUACGGUUUGGGAAAGGAAGAUCAGGUUUUCUCCACCGAGGUGCCAGGGAGCAAGACACAGCUGACACUGCGCUCGCUGCAGCCGAAUAGGGCCUACAGAGUGCGGAUAUCGGCGGGCACGGGGGCCGGCUACGGGGCGCCCUCUCCGUGGGUGCAGCACAGAACGCCCGGGGCCCACAACCAGAGCCAGGUCCCUUUUGCCCCCGCAGAGCUGAAGGUGCGCGCGCGGAUGGAGUCCCUGAUCGUGUCGUGGCAGCCACCCCCCGACCCAGCGCAGAUCUCCGGCUACAAACUGUACUGGCGGGAGGUGGGGGCCGAGGAGGAGGCUGAGGGCGAGCGCCCGCCGGGGGGCCGCGGGGACCAGGCUUGGGACGUGGGCCCCGUCCGCCUCAAGAAGAAAGUGAAGCAGUACGAGCUGACCCAGCUAGUCCCUGGCCGGCUGUAUGAGGUGAAGCUGCUUGCGUUCAACAAACACGAGGACGGCUACGCGGCGGUGUGGAAGGGCAAGACCGAGAAGGCGCCCACGCCAGAUUUACCCAUCCAGCGGGGGCCACCCCUGCCUCCCGCCCACGUCCACGCGGAAUCCAACAGCUCCACAUCUAUCUGGCUACGGUGGAAGAAGCCGGACUUCACCACAGUCAAGAUCGUCAACUACACCGUGCGCUUCAGCCCCUGGGGGCUCCGGAACGCCUCCCUCGUCACCUAUUACACCAGCUCGGGAGAAGACAUCCUCAUCGGCGGGCUGAAGCCGUUCACCAAGUACGAGUUCGCGGUGCAGUCCCACGGCGUGGACAUGGACGGGCCCUUCGGCUCGGUGGUGGAGCGCUCCACGCUGCCGGACCGGCCCUCGACGCCGCCAUCCGACCUGCGCCUGAGCCCCCUGACGCCCUCCACCGUGCGGCUGCACUGGUGCCCCCCCACCGAGCCCAACGGCGAGAUCGUGGAGUACCUGAUCCUGUACAGCAGCAACCACACCCAGCCGGAACACCAGUGGACGCUGCUCACCACGGAGGGGAACAUCUUCAGCGCGGAGGUGCACGGCCUGGAGAGCCACACCCGGUACUUCUUCAAAAUGGGGGCGCGCACGGAGGUGGGGCCCGGGCCCUUCUCCCGCCUGCAGGAUGUGAUCACGCUACAGGAGAAGCUGUCAGACUCCUUGGACGUGCACUCGGUCACGGGCAUCAUCGUGGGCGUGUGCCUGGGCCUCCUCUGCCUGCUGGCCUGCAUGUGCGCCGGCCUGCGCCGCAGGCCCCACAGGGAGGCCCUCCCCGGCCUGUCCUCCUCGGCCACCGCUGGGAACCCAGCGCUCUACUCCAGAGCUCGGCUUGGCCCCCCCAGUCUCCCUGCGGCCCAUGAGCUGGAGUCUCUCGUGCACCCCCACCCCCAGGACUGGUCCCCACCGCCCUCAGACCUGGAGGACAAGGCUGAAGUGCACAGCUUUAUGGGUGGGAGCGCUUCAGACUGCCGGGGCCACUCCAACAGAAAGAUCUCCUGGGGUCACCCAGGGGUGCCGAGCUGGGCAGGGUCCUGGGCAGGCUGUGAGCUGCCCCAGGCUGGCCCCAGGCCUGCUCUGACGCGGGCCCUGCUGCCGCCUGCGGGGACCGGGCAGACGCUGCUGCUGCAGGCCCUCGUGUAUGACGCCAUCAAGGGCAACGGGAGGAAGAAGCCACCCCCCGCCAGCAGGAACCAGGUGGAGGCCGAGGUCAUUGUCCACUCAGACUUCAGCGCGUGCAGAGGGCGGCCCGACCUCCAUCUCCAAGACCCGGAGCCAGAGGACCCCCUGCCUGUGGAAGCUCCUGGUUUCACCCCUGGCGUCGUGGAUCUUGGGCAGGAAGCAGACUGGCUAGACCAGGAGCUCGGGGAGUGUGAGCCAGCAGCCCCCGGGCCAGACCGACUCACCUGCCUGCCCGAGGCAGCCAGUGCCCCCUGCACCUACCCAGACCUGCAGCCCUGCAAGGCUCUGCAGGAGGCCUCUGGGGACAGCUGCCAGCCCAUAGCGCCCUGCCCUCUUGGGCCCAGCCUGGACCUGCCCAGAGCCCCCAUCUCCUCCUCUGCUUAGUUCCCCCAAGUGGAAGGUGCAGUCCGAGGGAGGGUGAUAGGGCACACGGGGCACGGUGUGCACAGCCACGCAUGCACACACGCAUACCCGCCGCUACCACUACACCCUUUGGAGCCUCCUAGGAUGCUUCGGCUGGGGGGAGAAGAGUUGGAUUAUUCACUCCUCCCAUGGUCUUUGCAAUACACAUGUGACAUGUGAGAGACAUGUGAGACACCGCUACAUGUGACACGCACGUGUGAAGCCACAUGUGUGCGGUGUACAGCUUGGUAGGCUGGGAAGCCUUGGGCGGCCCAGGCGGUGGUCGCUGCGGCCUGCUGACCCUCAGGGUGGCCCGUCCCUGCCCUGCGGGCCCCACUGCCCCGUCUCCAGCCUUUUAUUCCGCACUCUGAGAGUGUCUCCAGUGCCUGUCCGAUAGGGACAGCCCGGCCCGCGUCCUGUGCUCGCGGGCUCUGCCGGCCGGACGUGUUAGCCGCGUGGCCUUCCUGGCCCACCUGCCCGCCGCCCAGACCGAGAGGGUCACCCUGGCUGCCCUCAGAGCCACCCUGCGCCGGACUGUGUAAUUUGGGAAGUGCCUGGCUUUGGAAAUCUGCUUUCCCCCGUCCUGCCUUUCCCUGCACUGUGUCCAGGCCACCUUGCUGCCCGUUUCCGGCUCCGGCUCUGGCUCCGGCUCUGCUCCCUGGAAUGUCUGCUCUCUCUGUUCUGUUCUCCUGCCCUUCCAGACCACAACAUCCGAUUCUCCGGCCCGGGGUCAGCCUCUGCAUCUUUCCCUAACAACAAGACUACCUCAUGUCUACUUCCAGGCCAUAGCGCACACCUGUGUCCCCUCCCGCCUCCCCUGGGGCCCCUGCCACCCCCGUCCUCUGAGCACCACCGCCAGCCCCUCCCCCAGCGCAGGUUUGGAGGAGACCUCCCCGCUUCCCUUGCCGCUUUCUCCUGGGGUUCAGGGUGGAAGGUUCUCCUUGGAGGGGAUGAAUCCGGGUCACACAGGAAGUUUUGAGACCUGCAGUGUCGUGCCGUCUGUGGAGGGAGGCAGGCUUGCCAGGCUGGGGUGGUUCUGACCUUUCAGGAUUUCGCACCCUGGCACCUUGAACCUGACUGGGGUCCUGAAGAGAGGUCUCCGCAGGAAAAGGGUGACUGGCUCCUUUGCUUUCACUCUUUUCUCUAAAGUGAAUGCUGAAAUCAUUUUCUGCUGAUCUGCCGCACAAGGACAGGCUUGACUUCUGUUUCCUGUGUAGUGAAAAUGAUGCCAUUUUAUAUAUCCCUCACCCCGGCCUUCCCAGGAGCAUGGUGGGUCUUUCCUCCCUCACGGAUCGGCAUGUCAAGAGUUAACUCUGGCUACUGGGCCAAAUUAGAAAUAACCAGUCUAUCUUUCCUUAUUUUUUUUUUUUUUUUAAAGCGGCGAAAUGUCUCUCAGCAGAGUCGCAGACCCUGAAAGUGUCCCUGUUUAUUACGAUCGGGUGUCGCUCACAUUUGACAUCCUCACCUACAUUUCCUCCUCCGCCCCUCCUCCAGCCAGCCUGUGAUAACACUAAAGAUUAUUAAUGUCGCUUUUGUAUCUCGUUAAAGACGGAAUUGUCACUUGUACCGUUUCCGUGGCAUUCAGCUCGGCUGUGGCCGGCACCACAAUACGUUUCAUCAUCGUUCUGAAGGUCAAAAGCCUCAUUUUAUUUUGCUGGUUUGAAUUUUUUUUUUUUUUUUUUGUUUUUUAGAAAACAAGACUAACCGGAAUCAAAUGGCUGUUUUAUCUGUAGGCUCUUAGCGUUACACCACGUCGUCAUUUUUCAUGUUCUUGUUUAACAGGCACUGAAGUUCUGGUUUAAAUUAAAUAGCUGCAAAUGAGACAAUUUAUAACCCAUUAGGUUGGGUGGAAAAUUGUUUCUCAAAAGCAAAUAAGUAAUAAAUCUGGUAUCUGCCUAUAACUCACAGUUGAUAAGAAAAUGGCCAUUACUCACUAGCAUUAUAUAUGAUUUGGGCUCUGGGUAGUUUGGAAGUGUUAGGUUUGUGUCUUUGUAGCAGUAUUUUUAUUACAAAAGCGUCUAUUGGCCUUUUACAGGGUAUUAAUCCCUUGGUCACCUGCCCUUGAUGCCUUAAGUUUUUUUGAGUCUCAUUUAAAUAUCUUCCUUUUCUUGAUGCAUGACAAGUGUAAUCAGUACCUGCGCAUUUAUCUGUCUGUAUUUAGUUGAUGCUCUGUUAUUUAAUUACUUUUCCAGCAUUUUCCCCUUCCUGGAUAUUAUAUUCUUUAGUGUUAAGAGAAGGCAUUGAUCAUGUAUCUAGCCCUAUAAUGAAUUAAUAAACUAUUUUCCAGAA